AGCAUUCUGUGUUAACCACCCCCUCCCCCAUGCAUUGAAUAAUUGACAGACAAGGAACUCAGAGUGCAGUGAAGUGUCACACUCUGGUCAGGCCACAGAAAAUGGAUACCCUUGGGGUCGGGAGUAACAAACACCCAGCAUUAUUCACUUGUGCAUUGUAUUAUAAAGGACAAACUAGUACGACAUUCAUAUAGUGAGACGUACAUUACUGCCAUGUAAGCAGUUAGACAUUGCUUAAACUGGAACGGAAUGGGUGCCGUAAAUCGCUGGUGAAUUGCGGACGGCGUUUUCAUUGUUGGAGGACUUGUAAUCCAGAGUCGGUUUGAAAGGCUCGGUUGUUCACCGUUGUAUUGUUUUUCACCAUGGUGAGAGCAUGUGCCUGUCAGACACGGUAUGCGACUGGUGAAAGCACUCGAGACACAGGUAUUGAUUUUGUGCAGUGUCAGUGCAGGGAGCUCUCAUGCUGUUCCUGGCUGUGGCAGUGUAUCGAGCAGUGAGAUGUUGCUACAUUAAUUCCUAAAUGUGACAGUUGGUUUCCUCUGGAGCUACGUUACAAUGCAGAUGGUCACAUUAUGUACCUUGCUCUAUGAUGUUCAUCAUGUAUGUUACUGGAAUUUCUCCAUAUAAAUGUUAAAUGAUGUAUAAGGUGCAAUGGUUUCUUCUGAAGCUGCGUCUUUCGUAGAUGAUUUUAAAGUUGAGCAAAGAAAUUUGACUGGAGCAGGAUUUGAAUCUGCGACCUCCGGAUUGCCGUUCUGGUGUUCUACCAACUGAGCACGGGCAGAUGUUGUAAACUCUACGAGCUGCAGAAAGUAUGCAUUAUUUGCUUAUUGGGAUGUUUUGUACCAUGGAGCAAGAAUUUAGAUGGAUUCUUCUGUGAUUUUACAAGAUGCUAGCUACUUCUUGCGUCUCAGAAAACUUGAAAUGUUAAAUUAUGAACAGCAAAUCACCCCACUGUGAUAACAGAAUAAACAACACUGGAACUUGCUGCCUGUAUAGAAAAAAAAAUUGUUUUCGACACGAGAGGAAUACAUCCAUGAUGACUGAAAUCUUUGCGACGGUGAUGAUAUUUUGUGGAGCGAUGAUUGCUUCGUCAGUAUGACUCUUAAGUUGCCCAUGAUCAAGCAACAGUGGUGUCUAGAAGCCAUCGACAGUCAGUACAAGGAAUCGUUACACCGAGACCGACAGAAACAUAAGAAGAGUUCCUCCAACUCACCCUACGCGGGACAAGACCUGAACGCCAGCGGCAGUUACAGCUCGUGCCAACAGCCUGCCGAGGCAAGCAGUAAGACUCAGUCAACGGAGAGCUACCGAGCCUUGGAGAGAAGGUUGGAGAGAGAACGAGAGAAGAGAACGCAUGGCGAGGGGUCGAGCAGUCGACUGGAAUCCAAAGGUCUAUCGUUCCGCACCCUGGGCCUACACGUACACGUCCCACCUGCCACCUCCACACACCCAUCACCACGCUAUCUAAGUCCAAUCAGAACUAGUCCCUUACUACAAGUCUUGCCAGAGGAACCCAGCCCGCAGGCCAUGGACUCUCGACGGAACGGUUUCCGUCUGUCCACCAACCCCAAGAGCCCCACGACAACUCGCAGCACGGGGGCAGCAGCAGAACCGAGCACGGCGAGCAGCGGGUCCUUCCGCACCGCGUCCAACAGAGAUGCUCUAUCCAGCAUGGGGAGUCUAACUGUCGCAUCUACGCCGUCCUCUGCUGCCCUCAGGGGACACAGCAUCGGGUUCGGCAGUCGGGAUGUCGGCGUUAGGUCGCCCACGCAGCGGAGCAGGACUCGGGGAGGGAUGGUCAUGCCCAUGACCCUCAACGACAAAAUGAAAAAUACCCGUUACCUCUUCGUGGACCCAGUUCCCAGUGCCUCCCCAUCCUUCCAGCAGAGACUGUCGGAGCUAGCCGCCCUGGAAAGUGACACGAUACGAUACGAAAGAACUAAGAGAAUAAAGAAACGAUCCAAGCAGGAAAACCAAUGAGGCACAAAGACAGAAAAGACACUCACAGAAGUGCUGUUAUACUGAAAUGAUUGCUGCCAGCUUGUGUGCGUACCGCAUUUAUUUAGCCGAGAUAGUUGCAAAUUUUGUCGAUGUGAAAAAGUACCAAACCAACAUUGUCUACGUCUCUGUCAGCAAGCCUACCUUGAACUGUCGACCCAAAGUUACCGCCGUAGUGGUUGCAGAUGAUUGUUUUCGGAUGUUGAAAAAACUAACGGACCAAAAACAAACGGUGGUAUCUCUUUGAAAGACUGCAGUGUUGGACUGACGGCCAGUCUAGGUGUUCUGUCUACGCCCCGUGCCCCAUGCACAACUGUGCAAGUCACAUGUGUGCUUACAUCAACUAGUGUGUGUUCCUUGAGCUGAAAUACUGUGCAUCAUUGUUGUGGUUGGAGUACUUGUCAAUGAGAGCCUGCGUAUAAGUACGAGUACUUUGCCUUGAGUAUUAGUGCAAGUACUUGCAAGUAAGAGUUCAUUUUGAUGAGUAUGAGCACAAAAAAAGUACUUGAAUUGAAGUGUGACCACAGAUGAUGAGUACGAGUACGAGUACUGCAACGCUGCUGUGGGGUACCUGAACUUCAAUUUGAAAUAUUGUCAGAGCUUGAGACAUUUGUUGCCCGUACGGCUUUGUUUUGAUCCAAUAAAAUGGUUUCAGUUCCUGAACUGCAACAUGAAUCAUG